CCCAAGGUCGCGUGUCCAGGAUCCCAUGGAGAUGGAUUGGUGGAGGAACAAUUUCUGGAUCAUCCUGGCUGUGGCCAUUGUCGUUGUCUCCAUGGGCCUGGGCAUCAUCAUGUUCUGUGUCUGUAGGAGUCUGUUUAGAAAAGGCAAGAAAUGGGAAAUUGUCAAGCCCUUGAAACAGAAGCAGAGAGAUGAAGAGAUGUAUGAGAAUGUUACCGAUCAAUUCUCAGUUCAAUUACCCCCUCUGCCACCCCGGGGUAAGCUUUCUCCAAAAGAUGCUCCCCCACAGGAAACCCCAAGUCAGCCACCAGCUGCCUACUCAUGUAAAAAAGUUAGAAAUAAGAAGACAGUUGCUGUCCCAAGUUAUAUUGAGCCUGAAGCUGACUACGAUGACAUUGAUAUCCCUGCAAAUACGGAAAACCAUCAUCGUGAAAAAAACGUUACUUCUUUUUGGCAAGCGGAAGAGGGUUCACACAGCUUAUUUUAAAACAGUCAAGAAUGGUUGAACUUCAGUAGGUACCCAGGUCCCGAAAGCCAGUGGUCCUGUUAUGAAGCUCUGUAAGAUAAGCACUUCCUGAAUCUUAGAAGAAGGGGCAGCAAUCCUGACUCAGCCCUGAGAAUGGAGAGGAGUCAGGCCUUGAACUUCUGCUGAGGGAGGCUCCAGGCGGAGGACCACUGGCUUCCAAGGCUCCUACCUGUGAGAAACUACUCAGUUCCUGGCACUUGUCCCCCUUUUCCCUCCCCUGUUUGUGUGGCUCUAAAUGAUCUCAAAUCUUGGCGUUGGACUGUGCAGAGCCUCCCAGUCUCCCAUCCCCAGCACAGCCCCCACCAAGCACAUGUCUUAUUCCCACGCACCCCAUCCACCUCACAUGUUGAGAGGCUGUGGGUGGCGGUUACAGCUGAGCACUCUUUUGCGCAAGUCACACGUCACGCCUUGUGCGUUGGUCAAGGGCAGGGGAGGACUUUUCGUUCUUGCAAAUCCUCCCCACCUACACAACCCCCGAACCCCCAGAGCCUCUCUGUGACCUUGGCAAGACUGACCACAGCGAUCCAAGUUCUCACCCAGGGCUCCUCCUGGGCUUCCCGCUGCACCAAACAAUCAACACAGGACAGAAGUCACCUUCUGGACCAAAGGACAGAAGUUACACAUGGAGCUGUCAUUUUGCAAUACAUGUAUUGGCGGAGCUACAGGAAAAAGGUUUCCCUGGGAAGAAUCAUGGGAACAGGAAAGAAAGGGGAGAUUAAAUGGCAGAUUCAAGAUGAGAGUUCUGGGGACUUAAUACCCUCCACCAUAAUUUUCAUUAUUGCUUCCUCCCUUGUGUAGAGUUCCAGGCAAACAGUGUCAUGCCCCUCCCUGCCUGACUCCUGUCCCUGAGCUGCUGGGAGGCAGCAGCUCCAGUGCGAUGUGCUGCAGCUAAUGAGAUGCCCGGCGAGUGGGCUGCUGUUCUGUCAAACAAGUACCCUAGUGGGGUCCCGAGGCCCGAGUCAGCUUUGUAGGCCCCUGAACCUCAUCAGUUCCUUCAAGUUCAUCUGCUGGAGCCUGAGGACUUGACACUUUCCCAAGCAGACUCACAGGAUGCUGAAUUCUAAGCAGACCCUGGGAAAUGCAGCGAACAGGCAUGCAGGGAGAGCGCCAUGAGCUGUGCAAAAGGCCCAGGAGCGUUCCUUGGACUGAGCUGCUGGACCCGUGGGGACAUGAGCACCCUCCCAGGUUCUCUCUUCCUAGACUCCAUGGAGACUUCCAGUUUCUCAUAGUACCUCCUUAUUUUAGGCCAGUGAUUCUUUACCUGUGGCCUUAUGGACCUCUGGUACUCCACUAUCCAAAGAGAGGACUUUUCCUAAAUUACAGAGAGAGAGAGAGAAAGAAAAAGGCUAAAGGAUGAAAUGUUUUACGUGCAUGCUUUCCUCUUACAAAUUCUCUGUAAACCAUCCACAUCUAUAGCAAAAGAUGAAAGCACAUACAAUCAAUGUUAACUCCUCCUUGGUUUCUGGGACACCAUCUUCUGGUCCUCCUCCUGCCUUUCUAGCCUGUAUCGGUCUCAUUUGUGAGCUUGCAUCUCUUGGAAACAUCUCUUCAAUGGUAGUCUUUCUCAGGGUCCUCAUCUCGCUCCUAACACUCAUGAGUGACCUCAUCAAUGCCCACGGGCUCAGUACCCCUCUUUUCUGAUGACUCCCAAUUGCAGGCUCCAGCUGAACUCUCUCUCCCCAGUUCCAGACCAUGUUGCCCCUGGACAUCGCCAUAUGCCUCUCCCACAGGCCCCUCAAGUUCAACAUACACAGAGGGAAUUAAUUACCCAACUCCACUUCCAAACUUCUUGUGCUCUGCUGUCUUCUUAGUUGGUGAACUCAGAAAUCAGCAUGGGUCUGGAGUCCUUUCCAGUGUUCCCCACCUCCUGUUGAUUGUGCCUCUCAAGUAGCUCUCUGAUCAGCCCACAUUUCUCAUUGGCUGUUCAGUUCCUAGGUCCUUGCCAGCACUUGGCAAGAGAACACCAGCAGCCUCCCAGUUGGCCUCCUACCUCUGGUGUCUCAGCCUGCAAUCCCCCUCCUACAUCGCAGCCAGUGACCUUGUAAAGUGAACAUCUGACCGCUUCAUCCCCUUGCUUAAAUCUCUUUACCCAUUAGCAUCAGAAAAAGCCCAAACUCCUUAAUCUGGGUUACCAGAUUUGUCAGGAUCUGGUCAGCAGUUAUCUCUUACCAAUCUCCUUCCCCACUGCCUUGUAACUGUACUCCCCCAGAGUUUUGCUCCAGCCAUUUCAAAUGACUUUGCCCAUGGCCUCUCUUGCCCCUAUGACUAUGCACAGUCCUGCCCCCACGGUCUGGAACAUUCUUCCCCACCUUUUGAUCCUUCCCAUCUCUGCUUAAAUCCUUGCCUCACCACUCCAAAUUCGGGUCCGGUGCCCUCAUAGAGGCUCCCCUCUCAUAGCAUUAGCAUGCUGUAAUUACCUGCUCACCUGUCUUUCUUCCCCACUAGACUGAAAGCAACACGAGGGCGGAGACUGUCUUUCCCCCACUGCUUUCUCUGUUCCUAGCACAGUGCCCUGGACCAUUGUAGAUGCUCAGUAAAUAUGCUGAAUAAACGAUCAAUUGAAUGAGUGAAUGAAUGACUCCUGGACUUGGCCCUGGAGAAACACUUCUCCUUCUGCAUUGUAACUGCCUGGUUACUUUUCCAUCCUCCUUCCUGAUCUGGGGGCUCCUUUUCAGUGGAAGCUCUCUGGCUAACUGCUAUAUUCCUAGUGUCCAGCUCAAACCCUGGCACAUAGUAGGCACCUGAUAAAUAUUUACUGAAUGUUGGACAUUUAUGGAAAAAUCUACCAGUCUGACAAAUCAUUUUCCUCUGGGUGUGUGUAACUUGGUUGAAAUUUUAUACUGGGUACCUGUAAUAAAACCGCAUUUUCUGCCAACAAAAUUUUUUCC